AUGCCUCAACAAAAGACUGGCGUGAAAAAUCCAAAACCAGGUAAAAAGCCAUUAUCAAAACAAAAGUCGAAGCGGAAUGAGGAAAAUGCGAAGCUUGAACAACUGGAGAAAUUGGUGCAAGACUUUAAUGCUGAAGCAGAGUACUCUUUAUUCAAUGACCUGCCUAUUUCGAGCGGCACCAAGAAGGGUCUUAAAAAGGCAUUCUAUACGAAUAUGACCGAUAUCCAGGCCAAGUCCUUGCCUAUGUCUCUCAAAGGCCGUGAUGUGCUUGGUGCGGCCAGAACCGGCAGUGGAAAGACUCUCUCGUUCCUAAUACCUGUGCUUGAGAUCCUCCAUCGACAUAAAUGGGGACCCCAGGAUGGAUUAGGAGCCUUAGUGAUAUCACCUACCCGAGAGUUGGCGAUACAAAUCUUCGACGUUUUGUGUGCGAUUGGUGGAUAUCACACCUUCUCCGCAGGUUUAGUUAUUGGCGGGAAGAACCUCAAGGAUGAGCGUGACCGUCUAUCAAGGAUGAACAUUUUGGUUGCAACGCCUGGGCGACUGCUGCAGCACAUGGACCAGACAGUAGGAUUCGAAUGCGAUAAUCUGCAAAUACUAGUCCUCGAUGAGGCGGACCGGAUAUUGGAUAUGGGCUUCUCUAAAUCUCUCAACGCCAUCGUUGGCCACCUCCCAAAAGGCCGCCAAACUCUAUUAUUCUCCGCAACACAAACAGAUUCCGUCCAGCAGCUCGCUAGACUUAGCCUGCGAGAUCCUGUCUAUAUCGGAGUAACAGAGGACGGCGCAGAAGGGUCUGGGGUUACUCCCAAGAAUCUUGAGCAACAUUACGCAAUUUGCCCUCUCGAUCGUAAACUGGACGCAUUAUUUGGUUUCAUCAAGACUCAUCUUCAAUCAAAAGCACUCGUGUUCAUGUCCAGUUGCAAGCAGGUUCGUUUCGUAUUCGAAACGUUCUGCAAAUUGCACCCUGGCAUACCUCUCAUGCACCUACACGGGAAGCAAAAGCAAACGAAACGCUUGGACAUAUUUCAGAAAUUUGCGUCCUCAAAACAUGCUUUCUUGUUUGCUACUGAUGUUGCUGCUCGUGGCUUGGAUUUUCCGGCCGUUGAUUGGGUGCUCCAGUUGGACGCUCCUGAGGAUACCGAUACUUACGUCCACCGGGUUGGCCGAACUGCACGCUACGAACCGAGGAAGAAGGCAUGGUACCGCGCUCAAAGCCAAGGGAAUUGCCAUCCAGCCAAUCAAAACAAGGAGAGUAAACUUGCAUCGCUGGAGAAUUCGUUGCAGAAAUUCGCAUUUGAGGAUCCCGACAUCAAUCUACUUGCAAAAAGACAAGUCAUUUUUCAACUCGAUAAAUUGCCUUUGGACGCCUAUGCAGCUGCACUUGGCCUUCCGGGCGCACCAAAAGUUAAAUUCAUCGACCAAGCGAUGGCCAAAAACGGAAGAACGAAUCUAGACAAACUCAACUUGCGAUUGCCAAGUAGAUGCCGAAGAAACAGUAUAGAAUCCGGGUCCGAGUCCGAGAUGAGGACCAAAGGGAUGAUGACCUCCAGUGGACGCUCCGCUGAAACACUACCAAACAAAGCACAGGAUGGGAAAGCGGUGCCUAUUGUACGAACCAAAUACGAUCGUAUGUUCGAGCGGAAGAACAAGGUAUUCUUUCGAACACUACGCGAAGCUUGUCGAUCAAGAGGACACGAUGCCGACCAAGACGAUGAUUUCAUUACCUUGAAACGAGCCAAUCAUGAUUUGCCUGACGAUGAAUCUCGCCCAAUGCAGCAAUCCACGCUUCUCAAUAAAGUCGACCACGAGGAUAUCUCACAACGCAAAUUAAAGAUAGGACAGUCUAAGAGGGCGAUGCUAAAAUACAAGUCUGGGGGCACGAAACUUGUCUUUGACGAUGAUGGGGCAGCCCAUCCCUUGUACGAAAUGCAGGACGAUGCUGUAUUUGCACAGGAGGCUGGUGGAGACGUGAUCGGUGCAGGAAAGGUAUAUGUCGACCAAGUGCGUACUAGGAUGCGAGACGAAGAUGUGCUGGAUAAGCAAGAGGCACGGGAGAAGAAGAAGGAAAAGAAGAGGAAACGCAAAGACCGAGAGCAAGAAGCUGGAGGAGGAGAUGCUACUGUGCUUGGACCAGGUGCCGACGACGACGAUGGAUACAUCUCUCCAGAUUUUGAUGAUUUACUGUCCGAUGGUGAUGAAGAUGAUUCACCGGUAUACCGACCCAACAAGAAAAUCAAAGGUCGUGCGAACGUCCCUAAGGAGAAUGAACCACGAGACAUAGAUGAUGAUGAAGCUCUUGCACUUAGAAUGCUUCGCGGCGAAGCUUGA